CUCCGUCCCAUGAAGCAAGUCCUGCUGUCUGUUAGGAUGUCAUGUGACCAGGAGAGGAGGGGGAGAAGAAAGCUCAGACUGGGCUCUCAACCUCAGAUCCUGAUCCCGGGGCCCUUCAUCAGCUACGAGUCCCUGAGGAAUUAUCUGCAGCCGGAGCCAUGCAAGGAGGCUUUGCUGCUGGCCACGCAGGCGGUCGGGAUGGGGCCGCUCACGGAGAGCAUAGAUGAACAGAGGCCAGUGAAGCAGCGUCGCGCACGGGCCAACUACAGCAGCUGGCAGCUGGAGGAGCUGGAGAAGGCAUUCGAGACCACCCACUACCCAGACAUCUUCAUGAGGGAGGCCCUGGCCCUCAGACUGGAUCUCAUCGAGGCCAGAGUACAGGUUUGGUUUCAAAACCGCCGUGCCAAGAUGAGGCGGCAGCUGAAGCUCCAGGGCCAGCUUGCAGGUCCUUACGUCAAAAGAGACACUGAUGAAACGUCCGAGAAAGCAAACAAAAGCUUAAAACAGACAGCGAGUUGUGACGGUGAGCACUGGGAGAGACAGCAGGAAGGACAGAAUUAUCCAUGGACAAAAGCUUCGAGUGCUGUGCUGAGCGUGCAGCCUCUGACCUCGAGGUCGGGGAAGUGGGAGAGGCCGGAGGGGCCGAGCUCGGAGGAGCUCCGCUCCUGCAGCAUCGCCAAGCUGCGGGCCAAAGCCAGGGAGCACGAGGCCGAGAUCCACAGCUCAGUAAGCAUGUCAGGGGGUGACACACAGUCACAAACACAGGAAACCGAUGCCACGCACAAUGACUGAUCAUUUCCCUUCUUCCUGUUUGUAUAGAUGAUAUGUACAAAUGCUAUAAAUAUACAGGAGCAUCAUUUGGAACUAUAAGGGGACACGGAGCUUCAUUAUUCAGCUUUCAUUAAGUGAAUGUUUCUAUUUUUUUUUUUAAAGUUUGUUUCAUUUCUUUAUAGUACCUUCUGAUUAACUUCUUUUUAGUCAAGAGCUGUUGAAGUUGGGUUUGUCAGUACGCAUCAUCAUUUUGUAUGUUUCCAUGCAAAUGUAAAAACUCUGUAGUUCAUGUCAGAACUGGGUGAUUAUUAUAUCCUGAAUGUGACUGACGGUAUCUUCUCUGAAUGAACAGACACACUCAGGACUUUAACGGAUAAUGGUGACAAAUGUUGACGAGCUAUCAUUUAGAAUAGAAUGCUUUUAUUGUCAUCAUACACAAGGUACAACAAAAUUUAAAAUUUCAGUUUCUCGGGGCGUGGCUGAAACAGGAUACAGUCAGGCAGAUUCUAAAUGAUUUCAGUAAUGACGAGCUCAUCGCUGACCUGUUGGGUUGCCCUCACAGACGGGCAGGAUGUCGACAUGCAGCCGCACGUCCUCACAGGAAACAAUGGGAAUAGCUGAAAAAUGAAAUCACAAAGACUGACUCUAAAGUAUAUCGAUCACAUGAUAAACUGCAUCAGAGAUUUAAUAUACUGACAGCUAUUGAUCUCCUGAUACCACAUGUGCUUCUUUAAAUGCCGCACAUGAUAUUGUACAACAUUUGUCCAGCGUUAUACAAUAAUAUUGUUGUGCAGGUGUUGCCAGGUGUAUAAGGAUGCAGUCUAGGUCAAACUCUGUGUACAGUUCCUUCAUGCCUCCACACUUUUUGCAGGGAAAACACAUUAAUACUGUUGUGCAUGCAUUGUUUAAUGCAUUUGACCGCAGGCUGGGAGUGGUGAGAGUGGCUUCCAACAGUGCAGGAAGACACUGCCCCCUUCUGGGCAUGAGUUCGUCCUCAAACAAGAAAGAUGAGACGGUUCAGACAACACAACAUGCAAUGUUUGGUUUUCAAAUGCAACAACUCUAUACAUUUUUUUUAUUACUCUAAUCGAGUCACACGCUGUUGUUUGUUGUCUGCAGUCAUUUAAAACUUUUAAACCUAUUUAGCUCUGCCUAAAUUUCCCGGAUCCUCUUGUGACAAUUAAUAAACAAUUCAUGUCUUACAGUAUUUGUGGCCCGUUUUAAUGAAUGAGGUCAGCGUGGGUCGCUCACAUUUCAAAGACUCAAUUUCAACUCUGGUCUCACGCUAAUUACAUUCCCCAUGUCAGAGGUUUGGACGCUCACUGAUGAGGUCUGUGGGUCAAAUUUGAUUUGGAACUACUUUUCAAAAUGGGUCAGAGAAGCAUAUUGAGUUAUUUUGUUUCCCCAUUAAGGUGGAAUGACUUUGCAAGUUUUCUCACAGAUUUUAAGUGUGUUUCUUCAUAAUCAGUUUUCUAUAUGAAAGUUUUUGAGAAAUCAAGCUAUAAGUUUUGUUUUUUGUUUUUUUUUCUAGGACUUUGUGGGGUACUGUGAUAUGGGCUAAUUAGGUCAAAAUUCUUGCUUAUAUGGGGAUAGUUGGCCUCAAUUAGUCCCCAAUUAGGCCCCACACAAAGAAGAGUGAGGUAAAAAGAAAAAACAAUGCAUGUCAUAUAAUUCUUCUCAUAUGUAUAUGCUGGCUGAGAUAACAAGUUUGGUGUUUUAUACUGAAUAAAUCCUGCAGUGAAUUUCUUCUUUACUGGA